UGGAUUGCUGCUCUUCUUCUUUAUCCUCCGUGUCGCGCCGCGCUGCGCUCGUGCUCUAGCUCUUCCCUCCGGACUCCAGCGCUUCUCCCUCUCUCUCUCGCUCUCUCUCUCUCUCUUUCCCUAUCUCUCUCUGUACUGGUUUCUGGUUGCUGGUUACUGGUUUUGGAUGGGGUACAGAUGAGUGUUAGAUUGGAGCUCUGCGGGACGCGCGCUUCUCCGUCCCGCGCCUGCACGGCGUGAAGCUGGGACGGGACGCACGCACCUACGGAGGAGCAACGGACGGACGGAGGACGCGGGGACCGAGGGACGGGAUGGCGCGCGCCUGAUCGCGCUCAGGAUUUGUUUGCUUCACCUUUUUUUUCUCCUGCAAUUAUUUGUUAUUCAACGCUGCAAAGCUCGAGACAUAGAGGGAGAUCUGCCGCCUGGAGGAGCUUCAUAAACUGGGAUUUUACUCGUGGAAAAGGAUUAUUUAUUAAUUAACCAUGAAGACUUUUAUUAUGGAGGGCGGUCGACUCUUCUGCCUGGUGCUGUGGCUGAACCUGGUGCCAGCGUUGAACGGCUGCCCGGCCAAGUGCGUGUGCUACAGCGAGCCGAGGCCAACCAUGGCCUGUCAGCAGCAGGGCCUGUUCUCCAUUCCCACCGAAAUCCCGGUUCGCAGCCAGCGGAUAUUCCUCCAGAGCAACAAACUGACGGUGGUCCGUUCCACCAGCUUUAGCUCUGUGCAUAAUCUCACCGUCCUCUGGUUGUACUCCAACAACAUCAGCCACAUUGAGGCCGGGGCCUUCUACGGCCUGGAGAGACUGGAGGAGCUGGAUAUCGGGGACAACAGCAACCUUCGGAUCAUCAGCCCCUCGGCCUUCCGGGGUUUGACCAAGCUGCACACCUUGCACCUGCACAGGUGCGGACUUUCCGAACUGCCCGUGGGAGUGUUCCGCGGACUCUUCUCGCUUCAGUAUCUCUACUUACAGGACAAUAACAUCCUAACCCUGCACGACGACACUUUCCUGGACCUGGCCAACCUCACCUACCUGUUCCUACACAACAACAAGAUCAAGGUCGUGACGGAUCACAUGCUGCGAGGCUUGCUCAACCUGGACCGCCUCCUCCUGCAUCAAAACCGUAUCAUCCACGUGCAGCAGAGGGCCUUCAGCGACCUUGGCAAGCUGACCACCUUGUUUCUGUUCUACAACAACCUUACCAUGUUGAGCGGCGAGUCAAUGGACCCUUUGGUGUCGCUCCAGUACCUUCGGUUGAAUGGAAACCAGUGGAUUUGCGACUGCCGUGCAAGGCCUCUUUGGGACUGGUUCAAACGCUUCAAAGGCUCCAGCUCAGAGCUGGAAUGCCACCUUCCCGUCACUCUGUUUGGGAAGGAUCUGAAACGGCUUAAAAGCAACGACCUGGAAGGAUGCGUCGACACCAAGACUCGCUCCGGAAAGUUCCACUCCCUCGACGAUCCGCUGGGAGAGAGCAUUCCCAGGUGCUGCCUUUCCGACAACGACAAAUCAUCCAUCAUCUCCAGCAAGUCCAUCCCCGACCCCUCUUCCUACAACAGCCGCCAGAUCACCAACAACCCACAGAAAGAGAAGGAGAACAUUUCCAAGACCAAAGUCCGAGGAGUGGACGGGAUUAAGAACGACACCCGCAGCAAGCAAGGAGUAAGCCUCAACGACGGGCCGCUCGGAACCCUUUCCAACAACCUCGACCAACCGCUGGACAAUCUCAACCCAAAUCUCUUGGACGACCUGGAACCUUCCACGGCGCCGUCGAAAAAGAAGAAAAAGUGCUCCAAAAAGCCCAAAUCAGACCAGUCAUGUCUGAAAGGUCACGGAUCUACUCUCAGAGCACUGAGCCUCCUUUUGUUCCCCAUGUUCUGGAUGUCCUUAACCUUGUCUUAGUUCCAAUCAGAGCAAACUCCUGGAUCUUUGUUCGGAUUUUUUGUUGCUCAUGACAGUGACGUAAAAAAAUAAAAAAGUACCAACCAUAACGACACAAGCAGGCAGAGACUGUCACACCAUUGGAGGGGGAUACCUUGCGUACAGACGCCUGGUCCAACGGAUUAGAAACGAGAAUCGAGAAUCAAGAACAAACAAUAAUUUAUGAAGCUAAAGACACGUUUAAAGAAAUGGAUGCCUUUACAGAACCCAUACGAUCUAAUGUAUAUAAAAAAAAAACUCAGUGCCCAAAAUGUUUGUUCUAUGUACUUUUCAAUGUGCUGUGUUUAAGCAACACUGCGAACAGCGAGUCCUCCUUCCCCCCUUUACCUGCAAAAGCUUACACUGAUCAAAAAAACGUGACUACUGUAGACAACCCGUUUCAAAAAAACGAAAUGAAAAAGAAAAAGAAAAAGUAUGGAAAAAUGUUUAAAAAAGAAAAAGGAUAAAAAAAGAAAAAAAAACGGAAAGGGUUGAAAGCACACAGGAAUGUUUGCAGGAAAGCGACAAACAACAUAAUAAUAUUUUUUGUUCCCAAUGUUUUUUUUUUUUUUUUUUUUUUCUUCCAAGAGUGAUACAUUUGUUCGAUACUGUUACGUUUUUUUUAUGUUUCUAAGUAUUUCAGUAAAGACAAAUGUUUAAUGAUCCCCAAAAACAUGCAGAGUUCUGUUUGCGUCACAACGGUUUUUAAACAGGUGGCGUCUGUCGAAGGAAUGCUGUCUAACUGUUCACUGAGAUUGCGAUGGAAUUAUAGAUAUGCAUUUUAUUUUACUGGUGUACAAGCAUAAAUAUAUUACAAAUAAAAUAUCUCAUUUUGUA